UAAAAAUAACGUGCUGCUUGGAAGUCUCAACAACAAUCUUAUCUUGUAUUUACGAGCAAGCACUUGAAAUUUAUAAACAACUUGAGGUCUUAUAUGCCAGUCGCUCUCGGGAAACAGACAAGACGAGUUCGCUUUGAUAUGGUCUAUCCCUUUAUUGUGAUUAUCACAGUGUUUGUACUGUUAUACUGGGUACUUAAGAUCAAUAAAGAAUAUUAUGUAUUGGCUUUUUUUGCGCGUCGAGCUCGAGCUACGGAUGGAAGAUUCGUGGAUAACAUUGCCCCUAUAUUGAAGGGCAAUACAAUCUUUGGGAACGUUUUCGAUCUAUGUGGAAAAGACGAUGCGGGAACUUUUAGGUAUUAUCGUGAUGCAGCUCUGGAAAUGGGCAAAAGCUAUUUGAUCUAUGCCUUCGGGUCACCCAUGUUCAAUAUUAUCGAUCCUGUGAAUGCGGAAUUUGUAUUGAGUAAUCCGACUCUCAUAACCAAGAGUAUAGAUUACGACUUCAUGCAGCCAGCCCUGCAUAAAGGAUUGCUGACCUCAACAGGCAAGAAAUGGCAUACGCGACGUAAGAUGAUAACUCCAACGUUCAAACAUAAUGUUUUAGUUCAGUUUGAGGAAAUCUUUAGGCGCUACGUUAACAAGAAGCGACGCUUUGCCAUGCUGGACACACUCAUAUGUGCAGAGAAGGACGGAUUGAUCGAUCAUGCGGGCAUUUGCGAGGAGGUUAACACACUUAUGUUCGGCGGCUUUGAUCCCUCGUCUAUCACCUUGAUGUUUACCAUUUUUAAUUUAUCCAUGUACGAAGAUAUGCAGGAGCUAUGCUAUCAAGAGAUUUUGGAACAUAUACAUGAUCCCAACAAUUUGGACAUUAAUCAGUUGUCAAAUCUUAAGUAUUUGGAGCGCUUCAUAAAGGAAACACUACGAAUAUUCCCACCUGUCCCUAUUAUAGGUCGCCAGACCUCAGAAGAAACUGUACUGCCAAAUGGGCUUAUUCUGCCUACCGGAUCACAGAUCAUUAUGCACGUCUUUGAUCUGCAUCGUAAUCCCAAGUACUGGGAUCAACCGGAUGUUUUUGAUCCUGAUCGUUUUCUACCACAGAACAGUGUAAAGCGACAUGCAUAUGCAUAUAUACCAUUUAGUAUGGGUCUGCGUAAUUGUCUAGCUCAACAAUACUUUAUGAUUCUAAUAAAAACGCUGCUGUGCUUUAUUUUGAAAAAAUUCAAGAUUUUGCCAGUCACCAAUUCGAAAGAUCUUGUCUUUCAUAUGGGCCUAACUCUUCGCGUUGAAAAUAAUAUUAAAGUGAAAUUUGUCUUGCGAAAUAAAUAAU